GCCGGUGAAGGGAAAGAUUUGGGAAUCAACAUUGCAUAAGGUAUAGCUGAGCUACCGCUUAAUUCUCAAUUGAAAUUGUUGUUCAGUCUAUAUUUGCAGUUAAUUGAAUGCUGCAAAGAUAUCUGAAAGUUGCAUUCUUUGUGUUAUGAUGUCGCAAAAUAUUUGCUUGGACGGGCGUGGCAGGCCACUAUGGCACGACGUCGGCCGUGGGAGGUCAUUAUGGGCCGAAGCCGGCUGUGGCAUGCCUAUGUCAAUGGUACGAAGUCGGGCGUGGCAGGCCACUAUGGCAUGAGUCGGGCGUGGCGGCCACUAUGGGCCGUGGCAGGCCGCUAUGGCACGAUUUCGGCUGUGCCAGGCAUCUAUGGCACAACGGUGGCUUAAGUAAGAGCCUAGGAGGUACGGCUUAAUCCAAUAGAUUCUUUCUCCCUAGAUCUAUAGUCAUGUUGUUCCUAGAAGCCUGAUUUAUUUGGUUCAACCGUACCUAGUAUUUUCGAGACGUGGUGUAGAUACAUAAAUAAAAUUCCAAAUCCAUAAUUUUUGAAAGUGCAGUGGAUUCAAUGGUAGGAACUUAAAGUUUGAACCCUGAAGUUCAAAUUUUGGAUCUACCUCUGCUUAGAGGAGGUGUUGGCUGAUUGAUAUUGUAGUAGCAGUUUAUGUUAAGCUGAGUGCAGAUGAAGGUCAAGCACAGUGGCAUAGCUACAUACAAUGAAAGAUGGGGGUCCGAAGCUAAGGAAAUGGUAUGGGGCACCUGACCUCCUUCCAAAAGAUGGAUCCAUUUCAGAAGAAAAUGCGUCUUCUGAAGAAGAUGAAGUCAGGGAUGCAGUUUUAGUUACCGAUGGAGAUAAUGAGAUUGGUCAGAUGGUUAUAUUAUCUUUGAUAAUCAAACGAGCUCGGAUCAAAGCUCUGGUAAAGGAUAAGCGGGUUGCCAUGGAAGCUUUUGGUACUUAUGUUGAGCCAAUAGCAGGUGAUACAAAGGACAGGUCAUUGCUAAAGAAGGCUUUAAGUGGUGUUCGUGCAGUGAUAUGCCCAAAUGAAGGUUUUAUAUCAGAUAUAGAGAGUUGGAAAGGUUUACAACAUGUGAUCCUAUUAUCUCAGCUGUCUGUUUAUAGAGGUUCUAGUGGGGUUCAAGCAAUUGUUACUGCCAAUGCAAGGAAACUGGCAGAACAAGAUGAAUCACUGGUUAUGGCUUCGGGUGUCCCUUACACUAUUAUUAGAGCUGGCUUAUUAGUAAAUGCACCGGGUGGAAAUCAAGGUUUUAACUUUAAAGAGGGAUGUGCAUCACAAGGAAAGCUGAGCAAGGAGGAUGCUGCUUUCAUCUGUGUAGAGGCCCUUGACACAGUACCACAGACAGGACUGAUAUUUGAGGUGGUCAAUGGUGAGGACAAGGUCAUGGAUUGGAAAGAGUGCUUCGCAACCUUGAUAGAGAAAUCGGAGCUGUAAUUUGUUUGGAUCCAAAAUUGGUACAUUCUUUUUUCUUGACUACAAUGUACACAUUAUCAUGUUUGAGAUAAUUCAUCAUAAUAUAAUGAAGCUGAAAUUUUCGAUUCA